CCGCGGAACGCAGCGCCCACGUCCAACGACGCUGCACGCCAACACUGUGGGAGGUGCUGGCGGCCAUCUUGGCCGGUCUCUUUUCGUGUACUGUGCACGUUGCUUCGGUGGGGAGGAACGAAUCAGAGAUCCCGCCGAGUACCGGAGCGGUGGAGGCUUCCGUUUUACUUCCCGUGUCGCUCCUGGAGCGGUGUUAGACUCCCCGGCGAAGCAUCGUUUAGCGGUAAGUUCCCUGCGGAGCCAUGUUUCCAGCCGGGUCUGGGAUCACUGAAGGUUCCUGGCCCAAACCGAUGGCAGUGCGUCACCCACGGGGUAGGGGAGGCAGGGGAGGGCCGGCACACCGCUCGCUAACUAACACACAGUUACCUUCAUAGAGGGAGGGAGGGGGCAGCCCGCACCGUGCUAUCCGCUCUGUGUCUGCUGCUCCAUUCAUUAUCACCGCCAGAAUAUGGGUAUAGAAUAUAAUAUAUAAUAUAUAUAAUGUGUGUGUAUAGGGGGAUCUACUAAAUGGAAUGCCCAUAGACAAUAAUGGGACAGAAUGGAAUGCCCAUAGACAAUAAUGGGACAGAAUGGAAUGCCCAUAGACAAUAAUGGAAACAAAAUAUUUGAAAAAUAUAUGUGUGUGUAAUGUUUGUGUUUACAGUCUAGCUCUGUGGCUAUCCUUUGUACAGCGGUGUAUUUCCUUUGCAAUUCCACAUUUUUUGCCAGUAACAGCUGUGGGGCCAACUCUGGACAGCGUCUAAGGUGGAGUAGGGAAGGCAAACAAAUUCCUCUACCUGCAGUUGCCUUUUUAUGGGAAUUGUUUGCCUGGUAUUCGUUGUGUGCUUGACUGGCAGAGGUCCAUAGGGAUUGCAAUUGGCUAACAGCUGGAGGGCUGCUGAUUGCAUACCCCCUGAUCUAGAGUUUGCCCGGUGUAUUUACGAGUGCAGGCAUAGGCAACCUUCGCCACUCCAGAUGUUGUGGACUGCAACUCCCUUGAUGCUUUGUCGGCAUUAUGGGUGAUGUAGUCCACAACAUCUGAAGUGCCGAAGGUGGCCUAUCCCUGUGCUAGUACAUACUUAAAACUAAUAUAUCUUCUAUUGUGCAUGUGAAGACUGGGAAUCCAUGUAUUUAUAGACUGUCUGCAAGCUGCUUCUAAUCUAUUUUUGAGUUGCAUGUAUAUUGUCUUGUUAAAAGUGUACAUUAGCUAGGUGAGUUUUUUUUUACCAUUCCAUCCUUUAUUUUUUUUAUGGCUACCUGAUGUAAAUCCUCAAUAGAAUGUACUAUUGACUAUUUAAAAUAAAAUCAACGUUGUGCAUUGCUCAGAAUCUUAAAUAACCUACACGUGAACGAAAUGGUAAAUAAUAAAAUACACAAAAAUACAUUUUUACCAUAUUCAAAACUCGUUUACUGUCGGAGGUAUUUGCUAUGACAUGCACUUUUGCUAAAUGCGUUAAAAUCCGAUCUCUCUUUUUGGGAGUAGGAGCUCAUAAUGCGUUUUAGCACAUAUUCAAAAACCAUAGUGCACACAAUAGAUUUGAUGUUUUGUCUAGAACAGUAAUGACUAUCCAUGGCAUUCCAGAUGUUUGUUUGAGGCGCAUCAUAGGAAAUGUUAACAAGCAUCAGUGUUGCCAAACGUAGCCAAGUAAACCACUGGUUAAAGUACCACUGAAGUCAACUAUGCCACUUGAUCUCAAUGAAGUGGCCUAGCUGCAGUGGUUCUGUCCUUGUAAAACUGCUAUGUUUACAUUCAGGCUUCCCCAAACUCCGGCCCUUCAGAUGUUGCUGAACUACAACUCCCAUGAUUCUCAGCCUGCCUAUUUAAUUCAUAUACAAACACAAAGAUAAAGCACCGCGCUUACAGCAGCAGUAGCUUAGUAUCCAACAGCUUAAAAUACAUAGUAAAAACAAAGAGAAUGUUACCUGCGCUCUGGCAUAAAUAUUUAAUUCAUAGAAUCAUGGGAGUUUUAGUUAAGCAACAUCUGGAGGGCCGGAGUUUGGGGAAGCCUGCGUUACAGGCUUAAAGCCUCCUAUAGUGGCUGUAAAAUUCGUCACGUGAUGUGGAAGCCCCCAUUGGAAAUGUUGGUUCGUGUGUCAUGAGGUUAAAUUCUGCACAUACAGACUCCAGGCCCAAUGAUCACUUCAAAGCUGAAUGGGUGGUUGUUAUUAUCUAUGUAGCACCAUCAGAUUCCGUAGCACUGUACAAUGGGUAGGCUAUCAGACAUGUAAUUGUAACCAGACAUCUCGACGUACAGGAACAGAGAGGUGGAGGGCCCUGCUCAAUUAGCUUACAUUCUAGAGGGAGUUGGGGUAUAGUGACACAAAGGGUAAAAGUAGGGGUACGAAGUAGAUUGUUAGAAAAGUAUUCACUGCGGGCUUAGUAGAUAAUUUUGACAGUUGCAGGAGAGGAGUCUUGGGGGGUGGGGGAUAAAAACCUGCUAACAGUUUAAUUGAUAUGCUUCCUUGAAGAAGUGAGUUUUCAAUGAUUUUUUUGAAUGAAUUGAGACUGGGUGAAAGUCUUACGGAGGGAGUUCCACAGAAGAGGUGCAGCCCUGGAAAAAUCUUGGAGACGAGCAUUAGAGGUCUGAGUUCGGACAGAGGUUAUACAUAGGUCUUUGGCAGAUGGUAGGGGCCUCGCUGGGACAUACAUGUGUAUUAGGGAGGAUAGGUAGGUUGGAGCAGCAUUAUGUAGGGACUUGUAAGCAAGCACCAGAAUUUUAAAUUUAACCCUUGGUUCUUAGAAUUCAUCAGCCCUGGUUGUCAAGCUCUGUCUAGAUUAAUAAUGCUAUACACUAUAAAUACGAAUACUGUUUCUGGCAAGAUCAAAGCACCAUCACCACCAUGACUGAAGUUCAUAUUUCUGCAUUAACAUACCAUACAUACUCAAGUAUAAGUCUAGUUUUUCAGCACAUUGUUUGUGCUGAAAAAAACCCCACUCGACUUAUACUCGAGUCAGUGUCUGUAUUAUGGCAACUUACAUUGCCAUAAUACAGACCAGGACCGCCGGGCUCAUUAUAAGCCCGGCAGUCCUGUUGGGGGCUGGCAGAGAGCUGUAACUUACCUUUCCUGCAGCUCCGGUCAGCUCCCUUCUCCUCCACUGUAAGUCUCGCUGUGUGACUGCCGCGUGGUGCGUUGCCACGGUAAUCCGUGGCAACGCUCUGACCCGCACCUCUCGCGAGACUUACAGUGGAGCUGACUGGACCGGAGGAGAAGGGAGCUGCAGGAAAGGUAAGUAACAGCUCUCUGCCAGCCCCCCUUUUAAACAGCCCAUCCACUGGACCACCAGGGAAUGAGAGUCCCCCUCCCUGGCAAGCUAACAAGCAGGGAGGGGGGACGAAAAUAAAAAUUAAAUAAUAAUAAUAAAAAAAUUACAAUAAUUAAAAAAAAAAAAAAGUUAAUAAUAAAAUAAAAUACUAAAAGAAAACAAAUUGAAAUAUUAAAAUUUAAAAUGAUAAAAAUGCCCUCCCCCACCCAGUUCACACACAAACACACACUCUGCAUUAUAAACACACACUCUGCAUUAUAAACACACACUCUGCAUUAUAAACACACACUCUGCAUUAUAAACACACACUCUGCAUUAUAAACACACUCAUACAAACACACACUCAUACAAACACACACUCAUACAAACACACACUCAUACAAACACACACUCUGCAUUCACACAAACACACACACUGUGUGUUUGUAUGAGUGUGUGUGUAUAAUGCAGAGUGUGUGUUUGUAUGAGUGUGUGUGUAUAAUGCAGAGUGUGUGUUUGUAUGAGUGUGUGUGUAUAAUGCAGAGUGUGUGUUUGUAUGAGUGUGUGUGUAUAAUGCAGAGUGUGUGUUUGUAUAUAUGUGUGUGUAUAAUGCAGAGUGUGUGUUUGUAUAUAUGUGUGUGUGUGUGUUUGUAUGAGUGUGUGUGUGUAUAAUGCUGUGUGUGUGUGUGUGUUUGUAUGAGUGUGUGUGUGUGUAUAUAAUGCAGAUUGUUUGUAUGAGUGUGUGUAUAUAAUGCAGUGUGUGUGUGUGUAUAAUGCAGAUUGUAUGAGUGUGUGUGUGUGUGUAUAAUGCAGAGUGUGUGUAUUAGUGUGUGUGUAUAUAAUGCAGUGUGUGUGUGUGUAUAUAUAAUGCAGUGUGUGUAUAUAAUUAUAAAAAUCACAGAAUUUCAUAGCCCCUAGUUUUACCCUCGACUUAUCCAAGAGGCAUAGCCUAUUUCACAAUUUGCAAGAAAAGGAAGAGUUAAGGAUGCAGCGCUUAUUAUUCCCAAUAAAAAGAUAUAUAUCCAAUAGUAAUAGGUAAAUUUAGCUGCUAAACAUUCUCGUGGCUCCUUCAAUGUCACCAAUAAAUUCAAACCGUAAAAAAGGAAAAAGUUCCUUAAAGAAUGUAGCGCUUAUACAAUAAGAAAUAAUGUUAUCACCUUUUGGUAAUUGGACAAAAAAUAUAUUUUUUCCCUUUAUCCAGGUGUCCAAUAAAUGGUUUAUCUACAAAAGAUAAUCAUACAUAGUGCAGAUGGUAUAUAACUGUACAUUCAUAUAUCUAUAUAUGGUAUUAUUCACUCACAAACAUAGAGCUGUGGACCCAGCUCAAGUUGAAGUCACUCUCGGGUCCGUAUAGGCGACCCACCCCUGUUUAGGAUGCUUUGGUCACAAAACUGCACUCGACUUAUACAUGAGAUCGACUUAUACACGAGUAUAUACGGUACCAACUUUGGACAUUAUUACACUGGCUGAGAGCUUUACCUGGUAUCUCGCAACCAAGAGUAAUCUUCAACAUUGACAUGCUAUGCCAGAAGUCCACUUUAGCUUUGUAAAGCAGACCUGGUAAAUGUCAAACUGGUCAUGAAUACCAAAAAAGGCACAAAAAUUAUUUUCCGAAGUUGAGUUCAUUUUAUAGAUCUGAAAAGGCAGACGACACUUAUGGAUCUACCACUUUCUAAAAGGCUUUCCUUCUGUCUGUAUUGUAUAAUGUACUGAAUAUACCCGCAUCCCUAUAAUCAGUCACAUUUUACAAUCUAUGGUGUUCUUUUCUUGCUGUUGACAAAUAUCUUAAAAAUGCACUCUAAGCAUUACAUUUCAUUGUAUAUCCUAAAGAGCUGAUAGACUAAAACCACUGGUGUAAUAGUGUAGUUGCUGCAUCUCCAACCAUAAAACAUAAAAGGGUAAGAACUAAGAGUGCUGUUUUGGGGGGUGGGGGAGUGUGUGUGUUUUUAGUCAAACUCAAAAAUAAGACAAAAAAGAGGGGGUGGCCAUAUAGCACUAUAAUCACUACACUGGGCACUGGUGGAUAUGGCACUUGGGGUACCUCUUUAGGUAGGAAAAGUAAUAUCACAGAGGGAGGAUCUUAAUGUAAUUUCAAGGGGGUGGUGAUGUUGUAUAACUACCAGAGCAUUUUGCGAAAAAAUAUAUCAUAUGAUGACCGUUCAAGGCAAGUGCUUGAUAUUAUCAAUCUAGCAGCGAGAGGAGUAAAAUUAAGUUAAAUCCAGUAAAAAAGGGGAAAACUUGCUUUACUCUUCUCACUUUUGAUGUUGCAACAUGCAUAUGUUCAAAAGGUAGCAUUUUGGGGACAGAGCUUGAAUCUUGAGCUGGUCGGACGGGUGCGGUGUGAGCUUCUGUCUAAAUCUACAAUACUGGGGUGAAAUCAUCGUCAAUUAAGCCUCAAAACUCACUUUGGUGCACUCCGCACGUCGGGAGUGCUACAGCGAUUCGAUUGACAUCCCACUCGAGCCUGUUACUGCUGGGAGCCCAGCACACUGUGUCAUAGCCUACCUAAAGUGGAUUUGGGGGGAGGCGGCUGCUCCUCUCACUUACACACCUGUCUUACAGCCUUACCGAUCCCCAUUUGGUCCGGCGUGGUUGUUUUCGGUCACCACUGGCAAGGUACAGACUACCUUCGCGGCACAUACCUGCAGUUUUCAGCCGAUACUAGACUGAGCGUGGUGACCCAACAUGGCCGACGCACUUACCCCACUACAUUGAUAGUAUGGGAAUAAAGAGAAUCGUGAUGGGUUUGUCCUGCACACUUAGCUGUAUAUGUUGUAAUGAUAAAGCUCUUACAUGACUGGUGUCUUGGGAACACCCAAUUAUUAUCGAUCUUCUUUUUGGUUACAUUUUUGCCUGCUUGUAAAUCUCUCCCCUCCCCCGUAACCUGAAUACUACAAGUACAGAAUCCAUGACUUCAGCAACCUUGGCUGGCAUUUGAGUUGGCUACAUUUUUCUUUUUUUUUUUUUUUCUUUUUUUUUGUGUUAAAUAUGUUUAUUAGUUCCAUAACAUAUUCCAAUGCAAACGUAUUAUUUUUAAUGCGAGUUAGUGCUCUUCAUUCAUAACAGUUGUUGUAUAGCAUGCAAUAUAGUAUCAUAUUCAAGCAUGGUCUCUCUAGGUGCCAGUAGGCAGUAAUAAGAUAAGUGAGUAAAUUAAGGCUGAUAAAUUAAGAAUUAACGUUAAUAAACAGAACAAUAUGAAAGCAAUAUCUUGUGCAAUCUGUAUAUUAUAAACAGCGUAGUUAACACAUUAUAGCAUGCCGUUGUCUUUUGGCUAAAUUAAGACUUAGUUGUUUGUCCUAUAACAGCGCUUAAACAGUUACGGUGCAGGCUUGCAACAAUAAAAAAGGCUAACAGUUAAGAAUUUGCGUCCGGGUACAUAUUAGUAGAGGAGCAGGCUGGUAGUAACCCUUUGGGUGUCGCCCUAGAGUCGUCUAAAUAUGAUGUGCAUUAAAGAAGUUACAUUCUGAGAGUUGGGAGCUAAAUGUUCCAUCUAAUCAUUGUGUGCGACUCCGUAUGUGGUCUGGGCUUUAGAGUGCAGUUGGUCAGGGUCUAUUUGCGUGUUGAUUUAACCAGGCAGUAACAUUUAGCAUUAUGUAGUAUAGACAUGUGUGCCUACAGUAUCUCCUGGCAUGUAGGUAGACACAGGCCCUAACGUCCGCGGUCAGCUGCCGUGAGGGUAAUAUAGAACGUAUCUACUUUAUUAAAGAUUUAUAUGCGGAGACCAUUAGCUCGCUUCUAAGGCCCGCUGAGACCGAAUAUCCUUACAUACUUAUUCAGUUGUGGGCUUAGUUGUGUACAUAUGUGUAGUCGUUAUGUUACGUAUCAGUCUGGUAUGUGCGGUACCUAUUGGUGUAGUGUGUAUGCUGUAUCGUGAAGCUAGGGUCCUGGGCAUGGGUCUGGGUAUCAUAUCCUGUUACAUUUCAGUUGUUAAUCAAGCCCUAAUAAACAGCGUUAGACUUAUGCCCUCCGGGGCUCUUUAGCCUGGGAUGUCGUCUUGUGUGGCAGUCCCAGGGCUCCCGUGCCUCCGCUACAGCACAGUCCCAGAGUCGUCGAACCUCCUUCCAUCUUCUCCCCACCAACUCCGGUCCGCUGGCUGUGUCCUCCACCGUGCCGUGGGCACUCAGGGGCUGAGGCUGACCACUCGACCCCACCACCAAAGUCUGUGACCCGCCCGCCCCCUGUACCUCCCCAACACCGUGUUGGUCCACAUAGAGUGCGUUCCCCCAAGUCUCUCCCGCUGUCGGCCUCACUCUUGGGGCCGGUACACGUACCCCACGGCCACCGGUCCGCCGGAAGGGCAGCACACUCCUGCCCCACAGGGCUCGCGGCAGCGGGGACAUAGCUCUCCGGGGACCUCCCUACCCAGAGGCCGGGGUACUCACUGCUCCAGCGGGUGCCGGGUCAGCGCGGAGGUUCUGUCCGGUGUCCACUUCGUCUGUUCUUGUAUGAGCAGCCCACGCCAGGUCCCCCCAAUGAGUGCGUUAUUCCGCUCCACCUUCUGGGUCCCCACCAGCUCACAUUUCUCUUCUGUCCUGGUGCUCCCUUUUCCACUGUGCCUGCCCCCCUCAUUUCUGUGUUCCGUUUUUCUGGCGGGCCUCUCCUUAGCAGCCGUUGCCAGUGUAGGGGCACAGCGUGUUCCCCGAGCCGAGGUGUCCGUUUCGGCGCAUGCCAUCCCCAUGGGCCGGGAUCUCCCCCACCGGCCGGGGGGGGAGCGGGGCCGUCCCCCGAGCCAACAUGGUUCUCCAUAAUGAUAUUUGUCUCCAGGGUGCAUCUGCCGCCAACCUCUGCGUCUUACACUUACUCCUGCUGUUGGCAGGCUUAUGUCGGCUGCUAGGCCGGAGUUCUCCAUGGCCGCGUAUCCUGUAUGCUGUGGGCCUUGUUCGGGUGUCAUCUUGUAGCUGGGGUGUUUCUCUACCUCAGCAUGCUCGGGUGUCCGAGUUUGGGGUGAAUCUUGCGGUAUUUUGCAGCCAUUGUUUGGGGCUCGAGCUCGGAGCCAUGUCUGUCUGCUUCCACUCGGCCCGGCCCCGCCCCCCUGAGUUGGCUACAUUUUAUGAACAAACACUAUCUCUCUUUCUCUGUGUGUGUAUAGAUGCAUAAACAUAACUGUUUUGUUGUUGCUUCGUAGAUAAACACACAGGCCCCAGUCCCUCAUUGUUUUGAGAUGCGGAUGAACAAGCUGACACUACAGUGCAGGCUGCUCCAUCCCUCCAUGAUGGAAUGUCUGAGUAGCUAUGUGCCUGGCCUUCCCUCACAUACCCUAUGGGUUACGCACUCCCGCCAUUUUUCUUUUAAGAAAGGCAAUGUUUAAUGUUGCUAGAGGAAAUGUAUAGCAUGAAUGCAUUAAGACCACUACACUAAGACUAAGAUAUAGUGGAUUUUGGUGCUUGGUGUCACUUGUAAAAUGUGUUUUUGGUUGAGUCCCUUUAAAUUUGUAGGUAAAUAUAAAAGCCAUGUAUGCAUUUUUUCCUAUGCCCAGCAGUGUGUCUCUAAUCCAAACUGUGCCUGCCCUUUGUUUUGUCUUUGUCCUUAAAUGUGUUGGGCCUCCUAUUGUCAUUAAAAACUACAACAUGAAUAUGAAGCAUACAGAAUAAUGGUGAAUGUGCAUUUCUUUUCAAACACGACUAGGAAAAGCUUACAUUUGUUUAUCACUCUUUUCUUAAGGCUUGUAUUUUAAUUUACAGAAACCUGCUGAAACUACAUUUACCAAAAUGGCAGACAAGCUUACAAGAAUAGCUAUUGUAAAUCAUGACAAAUGCAAGCCAAAGAAAUGUCGGCAAGAAUGCAAGAAGAGUUGCCCGGUUGUACGAAUGGGUAAGCCACUGCAAUAACAGACUUUUUUUACCUGUUUUUUUUUUUUGUUUGUUUGCUGGUUUAAAAAAAAAAAAAAAAAUGAAAAUAAUUGUCAAGUGAUGCAUGUCCCUUUUAGGAAAAAAGUGGCACAUCACUGCAGUCAUGAAAUCGUCUAAGUGUAUUAAUUAAAAUAUAUGCUUGCCUUAUAUUGCCAUCUUGAACCUUUACUCCACUUACAUUUCCUAUGAUUCUUAUGUAAUUUCAGGCAGGCUUCUUAAUGUGGCAAUGCCAGUUUUUCUUCACCUUCAUUUCCUUUUAGCCCAUGUCCCCAGUAGCUAAUUUAUUAUACUCCUGCCCCUCACAUUGCCCUUUUUUACCCAUUUAAUUUGUUUUUUUAUUGCCCUUCACUUGGAGUUUCCAUAUAAUCUUGCAAGACACAGCCGCGCACAUUAUACUUUCGUUCCUCUUUGCAUCAAUAAUUACAGUCUCCGUUUGCCGGCCCUACAGUUCACCUGAGCCCCACGAGUUAGGGGAGACUUCAUAUACUCUAGUCAAACACCGGGCCAACAAAACAAGUCGGUGUCCAUGUCCGCUAAGGCAUGCAUCAGUUUAACAAAGUAUGAAAUACCUAACUGGACAGGGGCAUUCGGUUUAAAAUAUUGGGUUGUACAGAUGGCAGAAUUGGCAUGCCAUACAAUGCUUGUGGUUGUUGGCCAAUGCAUAAACAGUAAAUAUAGCAGACUGCCCAUUGAAUUAGCAUGCAUGACGUCCUAAUCACAGAAUAAUUUCGAGACAGAUAAGUAAAUCAAUCAAAGCCAUUUAACUGAUGGAAUGUUAGUAAAUUACCUAGGUUACAGUGCAAAUGUUCCUAAGCUAUAUCCUUUGCCAAAAAUCAUGCACAAAAAAGUGUUCCCUAUUUUUUUCUUUUAUGUAAUAAAAAAAGGCAAAUUCUAAUAAACUAAAAGCAGUGGCAACAUUAGAGUAACUAAUAAAAUAAAUACAUAUAAAGAGCUGUGAAGUGUCAGUGUCAUUUUAAACAAACUGAGGAAGUGAGUACGUGAUAAAAGCAAUGUGACGUUAUCUUUGGCAAAGUGAGUAAACUCUUAAAGGACCACUAUAGGCACCCAGACCACUUAAGCUCAAUGAAGUGGUCUGGGUGCCAGGUCCCUCUAGGAUUAACCCUUUCUGCUGUAAACAUGGCAGUUUCAGAGAAACUGCUAUGUUUAUCAAUGGGUUAAUCCUGCCUCUAGUGGCUGACUCAUUGACAGCCGCUAGAGGCAUUUCCGCGCUUCUCGCUGUGAUUUUCACAGUGAGAAGACGUCCAUAGGAAAGCAUCGAGAAUGCUAUCCUAUGAGACUGGCUAAAUGUGCGCGCGGCUCAUUCAGCCGAUGAUGGAAGAAGAGGGAGGAGAGUCCCAGCGCCAAGGGCAUUGGGGAAAAGGUAAGGGUUUAACCCCUUCCUCCCCCCUCAGCUUCACAGGAGUGGGACCCUGAAGGUGGGGGCACCCUCAGGUCACUGUUGUGCCAGGAAAACGAGUAUGUUUUCCUGGCACUAUAGUGGUCCUUUAAGAUGAGUCUUAUUUUCAAGUAUGAACUAUAUGUUUGAUAGCUUGUGUAAAUGGGGAGGAGGGGACUCGUGCAAAAAGGAGCUAGUGGAGGCAGGGUGCAGCACCCAGCAGACCCCAGGCAAGAAGUCAAAAAUGUCUAAAAUGGUUUGAAUGCUUGAGGGCAAAAGGGCACCAUAAGCAAUAGAGAUCUACUGGAGUUUUAACUGUACACUUGUCAUUAUGUAAUUUUUUGGGGGAAAACACAUUUGUUAAUUUAAUGUUUAGGUCCAGAGUUUUAUCAAAUUCUUGUAUGUAUUUUAUUAACACCAAAACCUUGUCUACCUUCAUGGGAGUAUCAAAGGCUGGUAUGACACUAUCAAAAGAAUAAAUCAUAACCUUAUUUUUUCUUUCAUGUCAGGAAAACUUUGCAUAGAAGUUACUCCACAAAGUAAGAUUGUAUGGAUUUCUGAAACACUGUGCAUUGGUUGCGGGAUCUGUAUUAAGGUAAGGAUCUAACAAUCUGUGUUUGCUGUGGCACUAAAUGUAUAUGGUCUCCUGCUGAGCUGCAGAAGCCAGAUGCUGAUCCUGCCAGCCAUUAAUUGACUCAAAAUGUAAGCUGAACGUUCUCUGCCAAUAAAUCAAUUCUGUGCAUAGAAAUAACAUCCAGCCCUUAACUUGGUUAUGUGAAGGAUGAUGGCACCCCUGUGAAGUUCCAGUCGCCAUGAACAUGUCAAAUCAUUGAAGUGGUCACGUUACUUGGAGUAACCUUUUAAACAAGCAAUGAGUGCAUAUUGUGAUAGACAGCUUGUAUUGGUAAAAUCUUUCAAAGUUGAGUCAUUUCACUGAUAAGCUCAAUGAUGUUGUAGGAAGUUAAAGGUGGGGUAGUCAUUUUAGAAGGAUAUGAAAGGACUACUAAAGACAAUCAGACCAUUUCAUCUCCAUAAAGUGGUCUGGCUGCAGUGGUUCUUCGUUUUAACCCUUUAAUGUAAAAAAUUGCUGUUUAGAACACACUGAAAUGUUUACAUUAAAACAUGAAGCACACCUGACAGCCAAUAGAGGCUCUUCCGCUGUUGCACACAAAUUACAUUUACAUUUUAAGUGUAAAUUUUGUCCCCCUUCUCCAUAAUAUAUUUCUUAGUCUCCAGAAGGAAAGCUGCAGUAAUAGCACUCGAUCUAUAUUUAUGGUAUGUGGUGGUUAUAUACAUUGUUUUUGCUGUGCUUUUCUGUAUGCAUGAAAUGCAAUUAUUUCUCGUUGCAGAAAUGUCCUUUUGGAGCGUUGUCCAUUGUGAACUUGCCGAGUAAUCUUGAGAAAGAAACUACACAUAGAUACUGUGCCAAUGCAUUUAAGCUUCACCGGUGAGCAGUUUGUGCAAAUUAAAUUAGUCUCCAACCCCCUCCCCUUCUUCUUCCUCACUAACUUAGCAGAUUGUAAACAUAAAUAGCCAAGAGCAAAUCAGCAGAGAUUUAGCAGGUGUUAAUUUAUCAACUUUCAUCAAAGUAUGUUUUUAUCCAAUUGUGCUGUCCCUAGUGUCUACCUGGGGUGUUUAUCCAUAGUCUACAGUUUACAAAGAAUGCUGCAAAAGGCUGCAGUGGACAGUAGUUGUGAGGGUCAAAACAAUGUUAAUGGAGAACAAAAGAAAACUUUAAAGGACCACUAUAGUGCCAGGAAAACAUACUCGUUUUCCUGGCACUAUAGUGCCCUGAGGGUGCCCCCACCCUCAGGGUCCCACUCCCGCCGGACUGUAUGGCGAGGAAAGGGUUAAAUAUUACCUUUUUUCCAGCGCCGGGCGGGAAGCUCUCCUCCUCCUCCUUCGGCUGAAUGCGCACGCGCGGCAGGAGCUGCGUGUGCGUUCAGCCUGUCUCAUAGGAAAGCAUUCAUAAUGCUUUCCUAUGGACGCUUGCGUCUUCUCACUGUGAAUUUCACAGUGAGAAGCACGCAAACGCCUCUAGCAGCUGUCAAUGAGACAGCCACUAGAGGCUUUAGAGGCUGGAUUAACCCAUUUAUAAACAUAGCAGUUUCUCUGAAACUGCUAUGUUUACAGCAGAAAGGGUUAAUCCUAGAGGGACCUGGCACCCAGACCACUUCAUUAAGCUGAAGUGGUCUGGGUGCCUAGAGUGGUCCUUUAACUUUCAAGCUGAUCAGGGCCAAAUAAUCAUUUUAUAACAGUGGUGUGUAAGCAGUCAUAUUUAAGUGCAUAUGUAGAGUCAUUGCUCAAUCAGAUUAAUAAUAAUUUCUUACUAAAAACCAAGAACCAUCCUACCAAAUUGCUGUUUAGUGAUAAGGAUUGUAAUCUUUGCUAGAAAUUGGUUGUGAUUUGUUUUAGAAAUCUUGUUAAAAUUCAGUUUUAGCACAUCUAUACUUAAAUGGUAGGUUUUUUUUUCUGUCAUAUUCUUUAGAUAUUGAAACUUAGAUUUUACGUCCCAUCUCCUCUUUAUUGCUGUUAAGACUACUCUUUGACUCUUACAACUUAGAAUGCAAUCCUAAAUGACACUCACCGUUAGGAACACUCUGUAACAGGGACACACUUACAAAACCCCUUAAGACUAUCUCAAGAGCUCACUAGGCUCCCAACGAAGGGCAAAGGCAGACCAAGGCGAAAACCAAACUGGGUUCACUAUAAUCAGAGCUAAGGCGUCAUUGAUUUUAUAAUGUACAACUGACUACCCAAGACUACUCACAUAAGUACUCAAUAGAAAAACAUUCAUUACUCUUCACACACUUCAUUCAGAAUAGUCAAUUGAUAAGCUUCGCUAGCCUCUUUGGCACAUAACCUGACUUGUAUUACACUACUGUUUAAUUCCCCCCUUAUCUCUUACAAACUGUGCAAUGUUAUUCAUGCCACCAAAUGUCUUUCUAUGUAUAAUGCACGACUAGCAACAGCUGUUGUGGCAUUGUGAGCCAUUAUGUAAUGUAUUUUCUAUGCACCAAAAUUAAAGAUUUUUUUUUUUUUUAAAGACUACUCUUUAGAAGCAAUACACCACAAAUGUGUAUAUAAUUAAGACAAAUGUAAAGGCUCAUAUCCAUUAAAUAGUUUUUGUGUAACUCUGCUACUGCAAAGUGAAAAGGAAGAUUUCAAGACACAUGCAAACCUGUGUGUAUGUUUAGCAAACAAGAAGUCUAGAAUCUACGGCUCAAAAUUGCAAGCUUGGAUAGUCCAUGACAUGCUUAUAAGUGGUGAAUUUUUACUCACAGGGGCUGAAUUUUCACUUGCCAAUGGAUAGUGGAGAGGGGAAAUUUUGAAAUUUGCUAUAAUCUUUUAUCCAACGCCUGUUUGUGAUCCACCCAGACUAAAAUGUUUGUUUCCAUGUAGAUUGCCUACUCCUCGUCCUGGAGAAGUACUUGGGUUGGUUGGCACCAAUGGUAUUGGGAAAUCAACCGCGUUGAAGAUUUUGGCUGGAAAGCAAAAGCCAAACCUUGGAAAGUAUGAUGUAAGUAUGCUCUGCUUGUUUUAUUAUGGGCACAACACAUUUAUAUAGUCGCCUUGUCUUGUUUUGGUAUUGUAGUUCAGUAUGUCCUUUGCCAAUUCAUCAUCAUGAUUGUUUGUGCGCUCUAGGACACACUCUGAAUGUAAUUGUACAUAUUUGGUCUUCAUAAAAGCCUAUCCAUCAAUAACAUUGAUAACAAUAAAUGAAAAGUACUUGGCAUCACAAACUAGGCAAGAGUAUGCAAAGCUGGUCUGUCCUUGCAAAAGCUAUUGAGGUGCUUUAAUGUAUAAAAAGGGCUUCGAUUCACAUGCUCCAGAUAUCAUUUUCCCUCUUUACAAAUGAAUGGUAAGACCCAUCUUUGAACACGCGGUGCAAUUCUGUUCACCAAUUUUAAAGAAGGAUAUUGCAUAAUUAGAAAUAGUGCAGAGGGGACUACAAAAUUAGGAAGGUAAAUGGAAAAUAAUAGUUAUGAGGAAAGGCUAUAAACACUGGGUUUGUUUUCUUUUGAAAAAAGGCAACUCGGAGAGGAUAUGAUAGAAAUAUAUACAGGGUCAAUAUAAACCUCUGUGCUAACCCAGCGCUUCCCAAACUUUGUGCUGCAGCACCCUGGGGUGCUGUAACUGUUUCCCAAGUGCUAAGGUUUCGGGUAAACCAGUGGUGGAACUUCCACUCAUGCGGCUGCACUGGGACUCAUUCAAUUAGGGCCACCCAUAGGGUAUUGCUGCUUUACUACUAAACAUGUGCCGGUCGGGUGCUGCAGCCCUGUAAGAGUCUGACUGGGCUUCUAUAAUAUCGGCCGGUUUGGAGGAAGUCUUCACAGUUUCAUGCAGAGAGCACCGCAGGAGGAAGAGGAGACAAAGGCAGCAUGAGGGGAGAGGCUCACAAAGCUUGAGCUCCUCCAGACCCCACCCUCCCAGCCAGGGCCGCCAUCAGGGCAUGACAGCCAUAACGGUUGUCAUGGUCCUGCGGGGCCCGGACUGCUCUGGCAGUCUGAGCCCCACAUUCCUCAUGUGCACAGGUAUAUAGCGAAUUUCGCUAUAUAUCUAUGCACUGAGGGUUCCCCUACCUGUAAAUUGCAGCGGAGGGCCCAGCAGCACACUCUGUCCUCCUUCCAGCUCCUCUCUUUCAAACUCUCCUGCGGCCGCCAGAGUGUUACCACGGCAACACUCCGCACGCAGGCCGUUCUCACAAGAGUUCGUCAGAGAGGAGCUGGAAAGAAAGACAGUGUGUGCUGCUGAGCCCCCCUCUGCAAUGUACCGCGGCUGGCUCUCUCCACCGGACCACCAGGGAAUGCGAUCUGCCAGGUAAGAACCAGGGAGGGGGGAAUAAAAUUUAAAUUUUAAAUAUAUAUAUUUAUAUAUAUAUAUAUAUAUAUAUAUAUAUAUAUAUAUAUAUAUAUACUCCCCUCCCCCUACUUUAUACAAACACUGCAUCCUUACAAGCACACACACUACAUUAACUGAACUCACUCUGCACUACACACACACACACUCUACAUUCAUUGAACUCACUCUGCACUACACACACACUCUACAUUCACUGAACACACUCUGCACUACACACACACUACAUUCACUGAACACACUCUGCACUACACACACACUACAUUCACUAAACACCCUCUGCACUACACACACUAAAUUCACUAAACACAAUCUGCACUACAUUCACUAAACACAGAUCUUGAGCUGUGUCAGGGGCCCUAAUAUUUCUGAUGGCGGCCCUGCUCCCAGAAGCAAGACCUCGACCUCAAGCAAGCCACCCUCCUGGACACAAAAGUAAGCUAACAGGAGGGUGGCUAUAUUAAAAAAAUAAUAAUUAUGUGUGUGUGUCGACGUGUAUCUGUGUGUUUGCGCAUCUGACAGUGUGUGUGCGCGCGCACAUCUGUGUGCAUGUUGGGGUGUGUACAUGUCAGUGUGUGUGUGUGUGUGUAUCUCAAGGUGUUAGUUUGUGUGUCUCUAUAUAAAUUUCUGUGUGUGCGCAUACAUCCAACUUGUUCAUUAGUAGGAAUAUAUAGUAGACAAGUUCCCUUUUGAGGCUUAGUUUGAAAUGGCUGCAAUUGGGGGGGAGAGGUGCCUUCUUUUGGAUCAACAGGACUAAAAAAAACAUUAUUGGAGCUGAAUUAUGCAUUAUGCUUUGCAAGAUGUCUGGGAAAGAAUUUUGAAGUGUAACAUAGGCAAAGUGUCCAUGGAGUACAAACAGUUUUUGUUAUCUCUCAAAUUAAUGAAUUCCAGGGUUAGGUUAGGUUACUACCUACAUAAAAAAUUGACUUUAAAUUAAAAUGAUAAGACAAGAUAAGACAAGAAAAAAAUGGCAUAUCAUCCGUCCAGAGUCCAUAUAGAGAGCCUGAGUUUCAGCUAUUCUGUCAGAUUGCUUUAAUGUCAUGGCUAGAUAUACAGCGCACUUGAGUGCUCCAGAGUGGAGUGGAGAAAAUGUUUUUCUUCUGAAUUUAGGGAUUAGCCAAAUGCACCCCUAGGAAGUGCAAAUAAAAAAAAUCUUUUUAAUGGGAAAACAAAUCCCAAUUUCUGUUGUCUAAAAAUUUCAUGUUUUAUGCUCUUCUAUAAAGGAUCCACCUGAUUGGCAAGAAAUAUUGACAUACUUCAGAGGAUCUGAGUUGCAAAAUUACUUCACUAAGAUUUUGGAAGAUGAUUUGAAGGCUAUCAUUAAACCUCAGUAUGUGGACCAAAUCCCAAAAGCAGCGAAGGUCAGUAUGUUGAAUGUCACUGCACACUUUCAUUAAUUAUUAUUUUUUUUUUAAUCUUUAACCAUCCCUUUCCAUAAACCAUGUAAAGUCUAUACUGAAGAAUCUUUACUUGUGAAUUUAAAGAACAUGGCUGGGAAUUUCUGCAUUUUCUGUGGUUACUUUUAAUUAUACUGGUUUAUUGCAACCAUUUGAGCAGGUUGCAAUUAACCAGCAUAAUUGCUUGUGGGCAGCCCUAAAAAAAGAAAUGUAUUCCUUUCAAAAAGUUUCAAAUGAAUCCAAAAAAAAUAUGUAUCCACACACUUUUCUUGAAAUUUUAGAAAACGUGUUUGCAGAUUCUUGUAGGAGCGAACAUUUAGGAUAUACUGUAUUAAAUAAACUAAAGGGGUUAUGCUCAUAUAAUUAGAAUAAUUUUAAUUACAUGAAUUUAACUCUUUAACAGACAUAUGUGGGAUUUUUUUUUUUUUUUAUUUACUUUCACAGGGCCCAGUAGGAACUAUCUUGGAUAGAAAGGAUGAAACAAGAACCCAGACAAUUAUAUGCGAACACCUUGGUGCGUAAAUGUAGAAUUUUUUUAAAUCCUGUAUCAAAGUUAUUUGAGUCAUUUUUCUCUCUGGGUGUGGGUUUUGUGGUUUGUUUUGUUGCUGUAAGUAUGCUGUUUCAUAGAAUUCCCUCUAUCUAGUCUAACUGCAUAAAAUGUCUCCAUAAUUUGUUAAAAGCUUUACAGCUAGGAGACUAAACACCCCAGGUCAGUGACCUCAAAGGAAGAAUUUCACAUGCUUCAAGUGUGCAAGUGUUCCAUUACCAAAUUUAUGUAAAAAUAUAUAAAUCAUGCUUAUUUACAUACAAAAUUGUCAUUUUCUUUUACCCUUGGCUCUAAAGUAGCUGCAUUGAUAAAAUGUUGGCAUUUGUAAGUUUAGCUUUUCAAAGACAGGUGUUUAUUUUACACAAACUAAUACCUCACCACUAUUACUUCACGGGCAAUUUGUGCAUCUGCAUGAACCCCUGUUGGACUCAGUGGUAAGAAGGCUUCAGCUGGUAGAGCACCUAGCAAAGUGGGUAGAUAUUUGUUUAAUAUCUGAAUGUCAUAGAGGAGCAAUUCAAAAAUGUUUCUCUCUCCUUACUUCUGACUGCUGAAGUUCUACAAUUAUCGUACAAUUAUCACCUUGUUCUGCUAUUCUGUUCCAUUUAAUUAAAGGACCACUAUAGGCAAGCGGACCAUUUCAGCUUAAUGAAGUGGUCUGGGUGCCAGGUCCCCCUAGUUUUAACCCUGCAGCUGCAAACCUAGCAAUUUCAGAGAAGCUGCUAUGUUUACAUUGAGGGUGAAUCCAAAACCCUCUUUCCUGCACCAAGACUUCAGCCACGCAUUGACCUCUCUAAUCUCCUGCUGCCUUUCCACUGUGGCACGUGGCACAGGUAAUCUCUGAGUGUUUUUCCUUGUUCAUUCAAUCUAGUUUGUUUUUGGCUAUGCGUGGAUAUUUGAGGAAUUUGCACAUAGCCCCUAAAACUUAUAGUAGCCAUGUAACUGAAAUGAAAUGCUUGUUGCAGAUCUGACACAUCUGAGAGACCGAAAUGUGGAGGACCUUUCUGGUGGAGAGUUGCAACGAUUUGCUUGUGCGGUUGUAUGUAUCCAGAAAGCUGAUAUGUAAGAACAUAUUGUUUUUUCAUUUGACUAUUAUUAUUAUUUUUAUUAUUGCAAUUUAUAAAGCGCACACAGAUUCCGCAGCGCUGUACAAUUAGUUGAGAAACGUACAAUAUACACAAACAAAUACAAGAGGUAAGAGAGCCCUGCCCGUAAGCUGAUAUCUAGCCAUUGGAGCUCUUUAUACAAAGUGCUUAGCUAGAUGGCCCUUGAGCUUACAAUCUAAAGGAUACCAGGGGGAUUUGAGACAAAAGGUAGCAGGGGAAGUUUGGAGGUGAUGGCUGAAAGAGUUAACAGAGAAGCAGCUAUUGGUAAGAUGUUAGGGGAAUGAACAGGUAAUUGGGUGAGAAUCUCGAACAGCUGGAGGAGCAUGCUAUAUAUUUAAGGGGAGCCUGGGUGGGUGGGAAGUGGGGAGAAAAAAUGCAGUCUUCACUGAGUUGAUUGUGAAGUGAGGCCUGAGGAAUAGGGAUAGAACAGUCAAUGAAGGUAUUUACGACUGGGGAGGGGAAAAGGAGAGUGUGAGAGGGGAGGGGGGGGGGCAGAGUAGACAUGUGUUAUAGACUAUUGAAAAGUUUAGCAAUCAAAUUCUAUCACCCAAAAUAUUAAUAACUGUCUACAUGAAAUAUUGGUCACAAACAUUAAAUGACAGUGGUACACACUGCAUGCACAUAACAUUACAGUGGCAAACUACAGGUAUCAAUUGUAACAACUCUAUAGUAACACAUGAGAAUUUUGUAGCAAUCCAGUAAUACGGGAGGUGGAGUAUCUUCCAAGCUUCAGUCAGUACCUGAGUGUGAUGGGUGUUUCUGCAGGAUGGUAAAUGCAGUCUUCACUGAGUUGAUUGUGAAGUGAGGCCUGAGAGUGAUGGGUGUUUCUGCAGGAUGGUAAAUGCAGUCUUCACUGAGUUGAUUGUGAAGUGAGGCCUGAGAGUGAUGGGUGUUUCUGCAGGAUGGUAAAUGCAGUCUUCACUGAGUUGAUUGUGAAGUGAGGCCUGAGAGUGAUGGGUGUUUCUGCAGAUGGUAAAUGCAGUCUUCACUGAGUUGAUUGUGAAGUGAGGCCUGAGAGUGAUGGGUGUUUCUGCAGGAUGGUAAAUGCAGUCUUCACUGAGUUGAUUGUGAAGUGAGGCCUGAGAGUGAUGGGUGUUUCUGCAGGAUGGUAAAUGCAGUCUUCACUGAGUUGAUUGUGAAGUGAGGCCUGAGAGUAAUGGGUGUUUCUGCAGGAUGGUAAAUGCAGUCUUCACUGAGUUGAUUGACUAAUACGAGAACCUUUUGUUUGCAUGUAGUGCUGCCCAAAAGCUUACUAGAAUUGGUAUUUUAAAAAGCUAUAAUAAAAUUUACAUUGCUUUGCCUUGGGGAAUAUUUGUACUGCUUGCUCCUGAAAAUAAUUAGGUCUCUGUUUUGUUUUGCAUUCUUUCUAUGGAAAUCAUGUAUUUAAUUGUAUCAUCAUACAGUGGUCUAAUUUUUCCUUCCUCAACAGCUUCAUGUUUGAUGAACCAUCUAGUUACUUAGAUGUAAAGCAACGCCUGAAGGCAGCCAUUACCAUUCGAUCUCUUAUUGAUCCAGAUCGGUAAGAAAAAAAUACUUUUUCAUUUUCUUGUAUUGUUUUAAUUUGUACACAUAUGAUCGAUCAGCACUAGAAUUAUCUCUAGAACAAGGCUGGAUUUUAAAUGCACUACUGUACGGUUAACUGCUCAUCAGUAGAGUUCAGGUUUUAUAUUUAGAAUAUACUCAUGAAGGGGGGGGGGGAAGGGUUAAAUUAGUUCUCAGCUUAGCCCACCUAUGCAGUGUCACCAAUAAUGUAUAACAAUAUUAUAAUGUAUAGCCAAAAAUUAAACAAAAGUGAAAGCACACAAAGUGUAUGUGUAGAACAGUGGUUAUAGUUACCAGAAUGUAAGGAACAAAUUCCUCUGGUGAAUAUCGUAAAUUCUAUAAAACAAUAGUUGAACACAAAUAUAGUGCAAUACGAAGAGGCAAAUAAGUGAAAUUUUAAAUUGGGAUCUCUCUCACCUUCAAGAGCCUAUAUGAGUUUAGUGUUAAAAGUACCACAAUAACUCCAUAACACCCAGAACAUAUAAACUCAAUGAAGUAGUUGAGGUGCAGUGCCUCUGCUGGUUUAUCCUUGACAUCUAAAACAUUAUCGUUUUGUAGGAAUUUCAUUGCAAAGUUAACACACCUCUAGCAGUUGUCUUCUAGAGGUGCUUUUCCAGUGAGAACUGACACAGAUUUAGUUCUGAGUCAAAUGCUACUUGUAGAGAGCAUUUGAUGGGUGCAUGCACACUUUCCUCAUAAUGAGGAACAAUUGGAUUGGCUAAGAUCAAUCUUGAUGAUCUCUGCCAUGGAGGUGGGGCAGCAACGCUGCAAGAGCUGAAAGGUAAGUAAAUUGUUUUUUUGGGGGUUGUGUGCAAAUGGGGGGAGGUCACUUAAUUAAUCGUGACACUGUAGAAUUAGGAAUUCAAGUAUGUCUUACACAUUAGUUUUUUCUACUUCUGCAGUAAAAUGGGUGACAGCGGUACCCAAACUGUGUGCCGUUUCAGGCAUACAGGAGUGAUGUGAAAUGCCCCAUCGGGUGGCCUAUUCACUUAGGGCCUUUUAAUUGGUUUUCACAGUUUCCUGGGUCCUGGCCAGGCGCCGCAGCUGCCUGACCGGGCCCGUGUGAUAUUGGCAGGCUGAGAGGAAAUGACAGUAUGUGGAGGGAGCAGAAGACUUAUUAUAACAUGUUUAUGUUUGUUAGAUUGUGUGUAUCUGUGUCAAGGUGUAUGUACAAACACAUUCCUGCAGAAACACAAAUUUUACAUACAUACACACCGCUGCAUUCAAACUCCAACACUAUGCACAAAUGUACACCAGCAUUUAAAAGCGAACAUUACAUCCAGACACACAAAACGCAAACAUUACAUACAUACGCUCCUUGUUUUAAAACACUAAAAUUAUAUACGAUCAUAGCGCCAGUAUAUGCCGCAGUGCUGUACAGAUUUACAAUCUAGAACUUUGUUUUUACUUUUACACACAAUUUUUCUUAAAUUCACCUGCUUUUUGCAGGUAAACAUACAGGAAUCCAGAAUGUUUUCCCACUGGCAGGACUAGCAAAUGUGGGAGAAUAUUAAAAUUUAAAUGUACAGAAUAAUAUAAAUAAGUUUCCAUCAUUGUGAUCUGGAUUUCAGCUGUUCAGUUGCAAUUGGGCAGGAUGAAAUUCAGUAACCAUGUUCCAGGCAAUUUUUAGGCAGGUACUCCCCACAUUUUACUGGAUUAUUUUUGCUGAUCCAGGCUAGAGGCAUUUUUCCAUGACAUGAUAUUGUCUAUAGUGUAAUAAGACUUGGCCCUAUGCUUUUUUUAGUAUUGUUAAAUUAUUUUUUUGCUUUUCAGUUACAUCAUUGUUGUGGAGCACGAUUUGAGUGUGCUGGAUUACCUUUCAGACUUCAUUUGCUGCCUGUAUGGUGUGCCGAGUGCUUAUGGUGUUGUUACCAUGCCUUUCAGUGUCCGAGAAGGUAUGGUACUUUCUGUAAUAGAACAUAUGUGUGCAAUAUUACAACCCAUCUUGAAACCAGCAGUUUGUUAAGCAAUAAUACAUAUGUUUUGCAUAAAAAUAUUUUUACAAAAAUUGUCUCUGGAUAUGCUGGUUUCUUGGUUGUUUUCCCCUGUGGUUGCAUGUGUUAUCCUGCCACCACCUAUAACCUUUUUCCUUUUUCUACUUUAUUUAAAUCUUUUGAGAGUUUUCACUCAAGUGGAAAUUAUACGGUUAUUAACUACAUGCAAAGUUUGCAUGAGCUGCUUAGCUCAGUGUAGGCAUCCAGACCCAGGUAAGUUGUUAAACCAUUCUAAAACAGUUUGACAAAUUACUCUGGGAUAGUGUCAAGUCAUUUCUUGCACCCAAAGCCAUUUUUUUCAGAUAGUUUAAAAAAGUUAGGUGCCAUUAAUAGUUACUGCAAGAAUAACAGUUCAAAAAAGUUAGGUGCCAUUAAUAGUUACUGCAAGACUAACACACACUUGUUCAACAUUUUGUUUCACAGUGGAUCUAUUUCUAUAUUGCAAGAAAGUGCAAAUGUGGUAAAGUGCCACAGUAAAUAAACCAUUAAAUUGCUGCAUAAAGACAGAAUCGCCUUUGACAAUUCACAAUAAAAACAAAUGCCCCCAAAAAAACCUAUUGUUUUUGGACCAUUUAAAUGCAGAAACAAAUGUGUACACACAAAGUGCAGAUGUGUGCAAAAUGUUACCUUAAAAUGUAGGAGAUUUAGCACUCGAACUGUAAAAUAAAAAAAAAUUCUCCUCAUGCUAUAUGCUACCAUAUGGAAACUUAAAUCUUCUACAUUUUAAGGUAACAUUUUGCAAACAUCUGCACUUUGUGUGUACACAUUUUUUCUGCACUUUAAUGUUCCAAAGACAAUUGUUUUUAUAUAUUUUUUGUACGAGGAUCUAUUUCUAUGGAAAUUGUCAGCAGUUGGAUAUAUCCUAGAAAAAAAAAUGUUUUCAAGAAAACAAUCAAAGUCACAUUUUAAUUGAAGAAGGUUGUUCAUAUAAUUUGUAUUUGGAAUGUUUGUGAAAGUUGUAUGCAUUUUGGUGUUUAUGUUCCUAACUCUAUUAAUUUUCCAUCAGGGAUAAACAUUUUCUUGGAUGGAUACGUUCCAACAGAAAAUUUACGAUUCAGAGAUACCUCUCUGGUUUUUAAAGUGGCUGAAACAGCAAAUGAAGAGGAAAUAAAAAAGAUGUGCAUGUAUAAAUAUCCCUCCAUGAAAAAGAAGAUGGGUGACUUUAAGCUUGCCAUCAUAGCUGGGGAGUUCACAGAUUCUGAAAUCAUGGUCAUGUUGGGCGAAAAUGGUUGGUAUUCUAUGAUAUAACUUCAUUUCUUAGAUAUAUGUUGUGUACUGAGACAUUUAAUAUAGGUAAUUCCAUUUUAAAAAAAGAUAGAAAAGUUUGGACCCACCAGAGCUCAAAAACUAGCACAUUUAUUGGGACAAAAUGUGCAGAGCAAUGUUUCAACCCAACAGUGGGUUCACAAAUUUGUCUUUAUCAAGCUUGAUGCAUUGCUAUGUAUAUUGUGUCUUAAUAAAUGUGUUUAUUAGCUCUGGUGUGCCCGAACCUUUUUUUCCCUUUUGUCUAAUGUACUGGGAUAGUGCUGGCCUCUGAUUUGAUUUUGCACCCAGUUGUCAGCUCAGUUGGAGGAAUGCAGUUUCUGUUUAUUAAUGAUUAACGCAAGUAGAGUAUCUACAAUCCUUUUUCCUGCCAUUCCAACCAUUACACAAUGGAAGAACUGAGUUAAUUAACAUCUUAAAAAUAAUUAUAUAAAUGUCCAUUAUUAAAAUUAAAAAUAUAUAUGUUGACAAAUAUUGCAUACAAAUGUGUUAAAUAUUCUAGCAGUAAAAGUCAUCAUUGUACUUUUUAGUUCUGCAACCUCAUACUGGCGCACAUUAGAGAAAAGUAAGAUUUAAUCACCGUGAUAAAGACUAAAUGCACAGGAUAGUCUUUGGUUAAAAUAAAGCUCUGUUUUUGAGCAUGCAGUAUUACUGAUUCAGUGAAUGUGCAUAGGGGUAAAAAGAACCUCAGACUGGUCCCCAAAUCUUGAAUCGUGAUGCAUAAAUUGACUUCAGUCUUGUAAAGCACAAAUGUAUUUAAGGGAGACAUGUCCAUGCUGGUUAGUCCUGAACUUGAAAAUUCCUUGACAAGUUCUGUGUGGAAGGAUGUAUAGAGGUGUCAGUCUGUCUUUCCUUGAAAAAAAAAUUUGCUUUUUAAUUUGUUGCAACGUGUGUGGUUGUGGAGGUGAAUACAUGGCCACAGUUUGCACGUCCGAUAAAUUAACCCCUUAGUGAAAGACCAGGACUGUUUUUACAUUUCUGCAGUGUUUGUGUUUCGCUGUAAGUUUACUGUACCCACACAUUAUAUACGGUUUUUCGCGCCAUUAAAAUGGUCUUUCUAAAGAUACCAUUCUUUUCAUCAUAUCUUAUAAUUUACUAUAAAUAAAAAUUAUAAAACAUGAAAAAAGUUUAAAAAAACAUACUGCUAAGUUUGACCCCAAUAUAUAUAUAUAUGUAAUUCAAAUAUAAGCCAACUAUAUCCUUUCUCCAUUCACUAUAUAUAUAUAUAUAAAUAUAUAUAUAUGUGUGUGUGUGUGUGUGUAUAAUUUCAUUCUAAGUGUGUUUUGAUAUAAAUAUAUAUUAUCAAAAUAGUUAGAAUAAAAUUACAUAUAUAUUUUAAUUAUUUUUACACUUAUUUUUGUACUUCUCAUUUAUAAUUUAUAAUAUAUAUAUUUAUAAUUAUUACAUAUGUUAUAUAUAUACAUGUGUGUAAUUUAAUUCUAAGUGAAUUUUUAUAUUAAUAUAUGUAUAUAAUAAAAAAAUACACUCAGAAUGACCAUAUAUAUGAUAUAUUGAUGUAUUAUAUUGAUAUAUGUAUGUAUAUCAUCCUUAUAGAUUUAUUUGUUUUUAUUUAUAUAUACGAACAUAGAUUUUUAUUUAACAGAUGCAGGGAGACUGCCUGUCAGUUCAGGCAGUCCCCCUGCAGCCAACAAAAUUGUAAACAGAGGCAUUCUUUUCAGUGGUUUUUCAUUUGUAAACCAAAAAUUAUGUUAACCGAAGUGUUUGUAAACCGAGGUACCACUGUAAUUUGAGUCUUCCGAAAUCAUAGGGCUUGGAGGGCUUCCUCUUGUGAGGCAACCGGUGCCAUGUUGGUGGUUGCAGUCGCACUCUGUAUUAUCGUUAAACUAAUAUAGUGAGCCUGUUUUCACUGUCUGCAUCUUACUCGCCGUGUUAUGAGAUUUCUUGGGGUGUCCCAUGCUAGCUGCAAGUCUCUGAUUAUUUGGAUUUUCACCCUAUUAAAUCCAGAGCUCAGUGGUUAGCCACAUGAUGUACUUUUUAGAUACAUACUUGAAUUCAUAUAGGAAUCUAAUUUUUGUUUUGAAACUUCUACAGUUCUACAAUCGUGCAGUUUUUUGGUUUUAUUAUAUAGUGUGUUAUCUUAACUAGAACAUGUGCGUUAGAUUUCUCAUAUGUGUAUUACUUCUGAACUUUAAACAGUGUAAAUUGUUUGUUCUUCUGCGGCAUGUGAGCUUUGUUUUCAUUUAUUUCAACAGGAACUGGAAAGACCACUUUUAUCCGAAUGCUUGCUGGAAGGCUGAAACCAGAUGAAGGAGGUAAAGAUCAAAUACAUUUUUAACUAAUUGUCUGUAAAUAAAACCUGGUUUGUAGUAAUUAUUUUUAUAUGUACCAUACCAUAGAUCCUCAGAAUGUAUACACGGUCAGGUAAGAUUACAGAGAAGUCCAGCAAGUGUUUUCUUGCCCCCAAGUUAGAGCCCCAACUAGCAAUACUAAGCAAUCCUACUCGGACUGUGUGUUAUCCAGUAACAAUCAUUGCACAGCUUCCCUUUAUUACCUAGCAGUGAAGUAUUACAUCACUGGCCUUUCAGUAGACACCAAGGAUUUGUUCCCCACCCACCUGCAAAGCUCAGCUCAUGUGAGUCACGGGUCGUACAAUUAUAAAAAUGUGAGGAAGUGGUGAUCGUGAGGUGGAGAGAUAGAAGUAAACAAUGUUACUGUAUUGUCUUCCUCUAAAUAUCAUAUCAUCUGCCACUUCUCAUGUAGAUGAAUAUAUCAAGUGAUAUAGGUGAGGAAAAACAAGAGUUGUGCAUUUAACACACACUGACCAUACAACACAUAUAAGCCUGAAUUCCCAUACUGUGUGUGUGUAUAUAUUAUAGAGAGAGCUCUCACUGUAACUCAACACAAAUACACCCUUUUAUUCAGACAGAAAAUAAUUUUUUUAAGCUGCAUUGAACAAAUCAAAUUCUUGUAAAUUUAUGCCCAAACUUUACCUGUGUAGUCAGACAGAUGUGUUCAUAUGGGAGUAAGUCAACAGGAAUUUGGUUUGUUCAACACAGCUGAAAAGGAUUUGUGCUUAAAUUUAAAGUACACCUCUGCCUUCACACAUGUGCUGCUAACGAAGUAUGAAUGCAAAAGUCAAAAUGCUGUUUCUAUACGUUUGUGCUGACAACAAGUAGGUUAGAAUUUGAAAUUUUAAAGCCCUGAUCUUAACCAUGCAUCUGUAUAUUAUAGGGGUAUAUAUCAAGGCAUUAUUCUAAAGUGAAUACAUCUUGGAAAUUGAAUCCUGUCCUUUCUUUACUUUGAGUCCACUAUAACACCAGUUUCCUUCCUUUUCAUAGGCGACGUCCCAGUUCUUAAUGUGAGCUACAAACCACAGAAGAUCAGCCCCAAAUCAACAGUAAGUUUUGGUGAUUUUUCAUGGCACCCACUUUUUCUGUAAUAUGUAUGGAUACAUAUUGAAUGCAUUAUUAACCCCUUAAUGCCGUUACAGCGUUCUAUGCUCUCCCGCAUUAAAAGGGCUUUAAAGCCGUUGCGGCGGCAUAGAACGCCGUAACGGCUUGCAGCUCCUGGAGGUCCGGUGUACUUACCUCCGCCGCGAUCCUCUUCUGGAGGGCUGUCUGGCAGCCCUCCCCGGCAUAUCAGGCCCACCGGGGCCAUUCGUUUUGUUAUGAUCGGAACGUGCACUAUUGACUCCGUCCUGAAGGGGUUAAUGUAAUAUACCUUUCUGUUUGAUUAGGGAAGUGUUCGUCAGCUGCUUCAUGAAAAGAUCAGAGAUGCCUAUACCCACCCACAGUUUGUUACUGAUGUGAUGAAACCAAUGCAGAUUGAAAAUAUUAUUGAUCAAGAGGUGCAGACAUUGUCUGGUGGUGAGCUGCAACGUGUUGCCUUGGCUUUGUGUCUAGGUAAACCUGCAGAUGUCUACCUAAUUGACGAACCUUCAGCAUACCUGGAUUCUGAACAGCGUCUCAUGGCAGCUAGAGUCAUAAAACGGUAAUUAGAUAACCGUUUAACGUGCUGCCUGAAUAAUAUGAAAUGUUAUAGUUCAGUUGUUAAAUGCGUUCUCUCAUAACAGAUUCAUACUACAUGCAAAGAAGACUGCCUUUAUUGUGGAGCACGAUUUUAUUAUGGCCACCUACCUUGCUGAUCGUGUCAUUGUGUUCGACGGUAUCCCUUCCAAAGAUACUUUAGCAAACAGGUGAGGUUCCAUACAUUAUUUGUAAAUUCAACUAUCUGUAUAGCGAUAUCACAUAGUCAAAUUAUUCUCAAACCACCGUUGAGCUAAAUAAAUUCUCUAAAACUGAAAAUCCAGAUUUUGAAUGGUGUAGCAGUGUUGAAUUUCUUUUCUUUCCCUAGCCCUCAGACCCUUUUGGCUGGUAUGAACAAAUUUUUGUCUCAGCUGGAAAUCACAUUUAGGAGAGACCCCAACAACUACAGACCUAGAAUAAACAAAAUGAAUUCCAUCAAGGUAAGAAUGUUUCUCAGUUGUCCGCUUUGAUUGUAGUUAAUUUUGUUAUGAAUACAUGUGUGUAUUACGAAUGCUGUAGUGUCUUUCUUACUACGUAGGUAUCCACAUUCCGGUUAUAACUAAAUGGUCACUUAACUGAGAUAAAGUGAUCUGGGUGCCUUUAGAGGUCUUUUAAUUUUCCUAAAAGCGAUGCACAUUGGUCUCUUUGAAAUAUUUAUGUUUGAGUGAAUAGGAACUAUUUAACCCCUUAAGGACGGCGGGCGUGCUAUGCCUCCUUGGCGACCCGGUUCUAAACCCCCUCCCCACUGCCGCCAUGUGAUCGCAAGGACCAGGUGGAGUGCCUGGAAUGACAAGUAGUCCCCCUGCUGUCUGGAAUAAAGUUAAAGUUUAAACACUGUUUUUAAAAUUAAAAAAUAUAUAUUUAGAUCAUAUAUAUAUAUAUAUAUAUAUAUAUAUAUAUAUAUAUAUAUAUAUAUAUAUAUAUAUAUAUAUAUAUAUAUACACACAUAUACAUAUACACACACUGUCUAAGUGUAUUUUAAUAUAUAUAUAUAUCAAUAUCAAAAUGCACGUAGAAAUAUAUCUUGAGAAAAGUCUAUUGUGACUGAAACGUCGACAUUUUUGUAUUCUGCACAAUAAAGCAGUAUUUAUUUUGAUAUAAAACGAAGACUCCAGAGUGCUCUCUACUUGUAUGCUAUAUAUAUAUAUAUAUAUAUAUAUAUAAUAAAUAUAUAAAUACGUUAAAAAUAAAUGUGUAAUUUCGUUCUAACUGUAUUCUGAUAUUAAUAUAUAGAUAUCAAAAUAAACUUAGAACGAAAUAAUAUAUAUGUAUAUAAAUUUAUAUGUAUAUAUUAAAAAAUGUGUGUGUGUGUGUGUAUAUAAAAAAUUUAUAUAUAUAUAUAUAUUUUAAUUCUACGUAUAUAUUUAUAUACCGUGUAUAUACUCGCGUAUAAGCCGACUUUUUCACACAUUUUUUAUGCUGAAAAAGCUCCCCUCGGUUUAUACUCGAGUGAGCAGGGCCGGCGCUUCCUAUAAGGCAAACUAGGGUGCCAUAUAUAGGAGGGGGCGCCCAGCACCCCCAUCGCCGGCCCUUCUAAUUCUGCAGCUGCCUGGCCAGCGUUUGUGACUAAGUGGCUACUAAAAAUGACUGGACUUACCCCAUUUGCAAUACCCUGGGUUGUCUAUUUUUGCAAAUGGUAUGCCAUCAUGGGGGUAAUUUUCAUUCCUGGUCUACCAUAUGGUAUCAAAGGCAGCGUAAAUAAUCUGGCGAAUUUCUGUGUGAAAAGUUAAAAUGUCAUGAACUAAAAAAAAAAAAAAUUCUUAAUUUCUCACAUUCUUUUAUAUUUUAUUCAUAUUAAAUUAUAUUUCAUAGCUAAAUAUUUGAUGUUAAAUGAAGGCUAUAUUUCUUCUGAAUAAAAUGCUAUAUAAUAAGUGUGGGUGCACUUAAUAUGAAAGAGGCGAAUUACGGUUGAACAGACAUAUAUUCAAAUUCCAAGUUUUGUUUACGUUUUAUUUUGAUCAAAACGUGUACAUUUGGCUCAGUCCUUAAGGGGUUAAAGAUAAAUGUCAGUUUUUUUUGUUUUUUUUUAAAUCAUUGCUUUUAUGGUACUUUAUUUAUGGUGUUGCAUGUACACUUUACAAAUAUUCUCCUGAAACUGUGAAAAGUGUUUUAUAGAGUUGCCGCUAUACAUUUAUUUACCUGGUUGACCUCUUUUCUUGUCUUCCCCCAUUAGGACGUGGAUCAGAAGAAGAGUGGAAAUUACUUUUUCUUGGAUGACUAAACAUCAAUUCUUAACAUAAAGCCUCUUGUGUGAAACUUUAUGCUGUUUCACAGAAUUCACCUAAAUUGAUCUAGAAUCUGUCAGAGUACCAAUGUUUAGUGUACAUAUCCCAAAUGCAGCCUAGUGGUUGUACAUGGGGAGAAUAUAUCCAUUCCACAUUCCUGCACUAUUCUGAAACAAAAGUAUAAAUUUGUAUGGGUUAACAACUUGUAUAAUGUAUUUAUCAUCCUAUAUGCUGACAAAUAUCCCCCAAUUUUAGACACUUGAAAUUUAUUUCUUGUCAAUAUGGUUUAUAAAACUGCUACCAUUGAGUUCAAUCUUGUUUUAAAGAGGGAUUUAACCCAAGAAGAGGUUUUGAAAAAUAAAUAUCCACCUCAAAUUGAAUGGUCCUGAGUUUGUUUGCAUAACACACCUAUUCCUAUAGAGGUUUCAUAAAAACACACGCUUUUUAUUAUUCUAUAUAUGGUGUCGCAGGUGAUUGUCAUCAUUCUGAGUAAACAUCCUUUUGAUCUAUUUUUAAAGCUACUUUUACCAUAACAAAAUAGAAUUAUGUAAAAUUUAGCUUUUUGUCUAAAGGUAGUGAACAAGGUCCACUUUAAAAUCUUUAUCUAUUUAGUGUGUUAGCCAGCUCAUUAUAACGAUAUGUAAUUCUAGCCUGCUGUAUUCACAGCCUACAUGCAGUCUCAUCCAUUGCAGGCGCCAAUGCUUUUAGUUUAUACCUGCCAAAAAAUAUUUUUUGAAGCUUAAAUGUAAAUAAAAUUUAAUGUAUGCACUUGAUCUCAAUUUGAUAAAUGAUACAUUGAUACAAUUUUGUCACAGGUUCUAAACCCAUCCAUGAAUAUUGU